AAGUCAUGAAAAAAAAACUUCUUCAUUUAUUUGCAUGGUGUAAACAUAAUUGAAGUUCGAUUAAAAACAUCGAUUUGCUGAUGCUAAUUUCAAAUAAAACGGGCCUUUAAUUACAAAAAUAGAUGUCUUGUGUUAAGGGAAAUAUCGCUUAAACCAAAAUAUAGACCCCUCGAUUUCAUUUUGUUUUCGCAUUUAAUUACAGCUCAAAAUGCUUAUCUGUAUCAAACUUGAACGAUACAAACCUUCAUAAAAAAAGAAAUAAACCAAAGAGAAACUAUUUCAUCCGCCUGUCAAAAUGACAUUGGAAUAGACGUCACAAAAACCGCCAUUUUUCGUAGACUUAAUUAAUUCCAGUCUUAUAAUGUCGUCACGUCGGAUAGAAGUACUACACGAGGCAGCUCUGAGUCAAUUACUGUCUGAUUCUGGCUUGGAGUGUAUUAAACCGGAUAUAGCGUCGUCUGAAUCUUCGUCUUCACACGAGGACAGUGAAGAACAAGGACUCCCGGAACAACACGAAGAAACAACACCGGUCAGCGUUCAAGAAAAUGAGUCUACUGCGACUGCGCCCUCAGUGGCAGAAGAAGAGACACCUCGCAUUUUCCCUUCGCCAUCGUUAAGAAGAAUCCUGCCGGAUAGCACCAGACUAAUCGAAGAGCAGAACCGCAUUCACGUUCUCCCAAAAGAAUUCAAGAGUAGCGUCGAUCCGGAGUCAAUACCGAGAAUCAGUCGCACCUCCCCGCAGAAGUACAUAGAUGCUCUGGCUGAUAUCGUCGGUUGUACGGAAUAUAAGACGAGCCUGGCCGAAUACUGGUUCCUGGAUACUCUUGCUUGCUUGCUCAGGAGGGCUCAGGCGGAUCUGAUGGACCGACCAACACAAGCUGUGCUGAUCCUUUGGUUCUGUGAGUGGAUGAGAGAGAUGCAGCGCUUCGAUGCGGCUGACAGACAACGAAUGAUGAAGAGAUUUGAGGACAACAUGCUGUCAGCAGCACGUUUCGUGGCCGAUAAGAACUUCCUGCCGACUCCAGCGCAAGCAGGAGUGCAUUUCGAGGAGGUGGAGGUUGAUUCACAGCUGGUCGCGGCUACCGAAUCGAAGCACGCCGUAACCUUCGAAGGCGCCGCCUAUGAAUGCUCUUUACGAGACCUGACCAAGAUUACACAUUAUAUAUAUGAUUUAUUCGGCACGGACUACCAAUACGAGUUGAUACGUUCGAUCUUCACGUUCACACCGGAUUACAUCCAAACCGAUUCUCCGUAUCCUAUCCGCAACCCGAAGCGGCUGUACGCACCAAUAAAACAGAAGUCGAAGAAAGAUAAAUCGCCGAAGAGAGACGCUAAGAGCGCUGGCAAGGGAAAGAAAAGGGACGUCGAUACAGAAGAGUAUUUAGCUUUGAUGAUGCUCAAAGCAAAAGAAGAGAAAGAGUUGGAAGAACAAGAAGAGUUGGAUAGGGAGGCCUGGAAUCGAAAGAGUCACAUACUGCCCCUACUCUACGCAGCUGACGAUGGCUUCUUCGAUAAGUACUGGCCUCCUCCGCCGCCCGAACCUGAACCGAUCGUCGAGCCAAACCUUAAGGGGAAAGCUAAAGGGAAAGGGAAGAAAUAGCUGUACCCAGAACCGGGCACCACAAUACCUUUAAAAAGUCAAAUAUCGCUAAAACUUGUCGCAGUUUCUGUCGCAAGCCGGCACUUUCAUAUAUGAACUGAAAUACUGAAUAUAAACAUACCUUUUCUUUUUCGGACCGGGGGCCGAACCUCCUACGAGGUACCCGCGCCUAGGGGGCGCGCGGGGUGUUUUACUGGUCCGCGACUGCGAGUCCGCGGGCCCAAGGGUGUUUUCAGGGCCCUACCCACUAAACGACUCCCCUGUACUCUUCGCCCAAGCGUCCGAUCCCCGAGGUCAGAACCCGGAUGAGGUAAGGGGGUUACCGCGGUCUACACUACAACCAGACGGCGCAGCUCACCCUAAGAUCGCAAGGCCGACGAAGCAUUGGAGGCGAAGCGAAGGCUCUGAAAUGUUGACCUUUUCGAUACGGCAGCCCCUCGUUCAUCCAUACUACCUGGAGCCACUGCGUUCAUCCACAGUGCAUUUCCAGAGAUCUUUACUGAUACAUACCAUCGGCUAUGAAAUGAGCUCCCUUCCACUGUGUUUCCUGAGCGCUGUGACAUGUCCUUCUUCAAAUUAGAUGAAGAGUAAUUAACGGUAGGCAGCGGCUCUGAGCGGUAUGAGCGACGGUAACCACUCACCAUCAGGUGUGCCAUGUGUUCGUCUGCCUACACGGGCAAUAAAAAAAAAGAAACGUUUUGUACGGUAUAUGAACAAAAUAAAAUAAUUCACACAACUUCGACCUUCGUGUUCUUCCCGAAAAGUCCGUUGUGUUCCAUGUGUUGCAAAUGAUGUGACAAUAAAAAUCAGCAGCGUAACGACAA